CAUGUAUAGGUAAAUAAAGAAGAAAGAAAAGAAAAGCGUUUGAGAUCCAUGGAUCCCCCACAUUAGCAGAUACAAGAAUGAAUUAUUAAGAAGAGAAGCUUUUUUGUCUACUUUGUUGACCACAGAGACAAUGAAGAGGAUUUGCUUAUACAUAUAUACGAGGUGUUCCAUAUUCCCUUCGUUACCAAGAAACAAAUACAUGCUAUAUACACAAGUAUAUAAUGGCACGAUGAGAGAAUAAUAGUCUUCAAACACAAAGAAGAGAGAAAUUAAAAAAUGGCUCUCUCUCUAUCGCUCCUGGCCCUCAUUGUCUUUUCUCUCUCCUCACAGUUACUCCCUUCCUCUUCUUAUUCCGUACCGGUGGACACCUUCGUUUAUGGCGGCUGCACGCAACAAAGGUAUAAUCCAACCUCGCCGUACGAGUCAAACCUCAACUCGCUACUUGGCUCGCUGGUCAACUCAGCCACAUUCUCCGCCUACAACAACCUCACCGUCCUUUCAUCUUCGCAAAGUGGCGUCGCCUACGGUCUAUACCAGUGCCGAGGCGACCUCGCCAUGCAAGACUGCGCCACCUGCGUCGCACGUGCCGUCUCACGAGCUGGCGAGCUCUGUCCAGGAGCGUGCGGCGGCGCCGUCCAGCUCGACGGCUGCUUCGUCAAGUACGACAACGUCGCGUUCCUUGGGGUGGAGGACAAGUCGCUGGUACUGAGGAAGUGCGGCUCGCAUUCGGCCGGGUGCGAUCCGGAAGCGGUUAUGGUUGGGUUGGUGCGGCGGCUGAGGAGUGAUUGCGCCGCCUCCGAUUACGGGGACGUGUUUCUGGGGAAGUGCUACGCCAGGUUCUCGACCGGUGGGGCCCAUGGGGGGUACUACAACUCAAAAGCCCAUGGUAGAUCGGACAAUGAAGGUGAGAAGACAUUUGCAAUAAUUAUUGGAUUAUUAGCAGGUGUAGCUUUACUCAUUAUUUUCCUUGCUUUCUUGAGGAGAAUUUGUGAAGGACAAGAAUUUAACCAAGAGUUCGAUUUCACGAGAAUAUCAAGCCCCUUAUAUUCAUACCAAUAUCCGUAAGUAGUCCACUUAUGUUAUGGACUUUGUCUUAUGGAGUUAUGAGGAUGAAUACAAAAUCAUGGACCAUAAAAUUGAAGAAGGUUGAUAUAGCAUCGCCAAUGCACACUGUUUCUUAUCACGAUUACCAAAAAGGCAAAUAUAUAAAUUGAAUUAUUGCAAGAUAUGAAUAAUGAAUUAUUGUUGC